AUGAGGCGUGUGUUUAACGACAACAAAGAAGAGGAUACGGGAGGCUAUAUCGCCGGCCUGCUGAAUUACUAUCGUGGUGCGGUAAAAAAUGGAACGCUACAAUGUCACGAGCCGAAAAAAGUCAUGGCGGUGGAGGGUGUGGCGCGUGGCGUGCGUCAAAAUUAUGUCGAAAAGCGAGCUACUCAACGCCGCGGGAUAAGACGCCGAGCCGAUACCUCGCCUGAGGUUGGACCUUCGUCUCGCGCGCGAAUUAUUCUUACGCCGGAGCUUGUCGAUCUUGUGAGCAACGAAUCGACGAGUCAGCUGCCUCCUCGCGAAGUGAGUUCGUUCGAUGAGAAGGAAAUAUUCAGUCCUUUGUACAAUAACGACCGUCAACAGAGUGUAAUAUUACCCGGGGCUGACGACAAAGUGGAAGAGCAGGAGAAAGAGCAAGAGCAGGAAGACGAAGAAGAAGAAGAAGAGCAGGAGGAGGAAGAGCAGGAGGAGGAAGAGCAGGAAGAGAAAUUACAGGCCGAGGAGAGGAAUUAUAAAGGAGGGGAUGAAGAAAGCCACGACGGAUGGGGAAUGGGUGACAGAGUUCAAACAGGUGGUGGUAGAGAAGAAGAGCCGGAGGAAACUCGGUCGGGCGUGGAAUCGACUGGCGAAACCGACGACUUCGAAAGAGCACCGCAGGAAGAGGAAAGAACGGAGAAGAAAACGAGGCGAGCGGAGGAUAUCGAUGCAGCAUCGGCGGCGGAAAGGCGUCGGAAUAAUAAUCAGGUCGGCGAUAAUUUUAAUUAUAUAGAAUUAGUAUCGGAAAACACGCGUAGGUUUAGAAAUUUCGGGAUAGAGGGUAGAGAAGCUAGAUUCCGUAUACUUCCGUUUCCCGAGGGAGGAGGGGAGGUUUACACACAAUUGGAAAACGCGUUUCGCGAAAUUCACUCUUACGCGAUAUUUUCAUGCGUACCGGGAGAUUAUGUUGGAUUGUCUUUCGACUCUCCGGCUCUUUUUCACGGCCCCACUGGAAUAUCGUUCCGUCCGGCGAAUGAUUUGACUCCCAAGAACAUUUGGAAUCUCGUGGAUGUCCCGGAAUAA